CACUAUAAAAUCUUUCCCACUCGGCUUCUUUAAUUCGUGAUUCGCAGGAGCUUGAGCACGUAACAAGACAAGAAUUCCACCUUAGAUGAGCAUCUGUGUGUGCGUUUGUUUUUGACGAGGCAGUGACACAGAAACACGCCUUCGAAUCGUUUUUUUUCGUCUGAAGCAGCGAACCAACAUGCAUGUCGACGACUCCCCAAUACUUGGCGUCUUUGGUGGAAGGUUGCACUGGUUUGGCGGACCUGCUCCCUAUCCAUGGUCGAGUUAUCAAAAAUGGACUGGCUCAGAAUUUCAUUCUUGUUGCCAAAAUGCUGGUGGUCUGCUCGAUCUCGGGAUGCAUGCAAUAUGCGAUGGCCAUUUUCAACCAAGUACGAACUCCCAACGUGUUUCUUUACAACACUACCAUCAGAGCUUGCUGCAACAGCAACAAUGCUCGUCUAGGCAUCUUAUUCUACCGUCGGCUCUGUGGAGAUGGGAUCUGUCAUGAUUCGUACACCUUUCCUUUUGUGCUCACUGCGUGCCGCAAGGUUUUGGCUGUUGCAGAAGGACGCCAAGUCCAGGGCCAUAUCAUCAAGCAUGGGUUUGGGGCGGACGUUCUUACGCAGACCCACCUGCUCAAGCUUCUCGCUGAUUGCGGCGACGUGCAUUCUGCUCGCCAAGUGUUUGAGGAAAUGUCCAUGAGAGAUUUGGUGUCUUGGACAACCAUGGUGUCAGCGUAUGCCUCUCGGGAAGGCUACACGGAAUCUGCUUUCAGAUUAUUCGAAGAAAUGCCUUGCAAGGAUCAAAUUGCGUGGAACUCGAUGAUGGUUGCCUUUCUUCAAUGGGGCAACCUCGUCGCUGCUAGGCGAGUGUUUGAUCUGUCUCCACAGGGGGAUGUGGUUGGAUGGACCGCUAUAAUUCGUGGAUAUGCGAAAGAAGGGGACUACUGGGAGUCAUUGAAUCUCUACCACAUGAUGAGGACGCGCUGUGUGAGGCCUAACCAUGUCACUAUUGUGAGUGCAUUGUCUGCAUCAGCUCAUGUUGGCAGUCUUAGAGAUGGGAUGCUGAUACAUCAGCACAUAGAAAAGAGCGGUGUGUUUCUUGAUGAAUAUGUAGGGACAACACUUGUGGAUAUGUAUUCAAAGUGUGGAAGUAUAGAGAGUGCUGCUAAGGUUUUUGGUAUCAUGAAGCGUAGGGAUCUAUACUCGUGGAACACGAUGAUACAGGGGUUAGCUUUUCAUGGACGUGGGACUGAUGCAUUGAAGUUGUUUAACCAAAUGAGAGCAAAUGGGUUGAUCCCCAACGAAAUAACCUUUAUAGCCGUUCUAACAGCUUGUAGCCACAUGGGUCUGGUAGAUUUGGGUCAAUUUUACUUCACGUGUAUGAAAAAUGAGUAUGGCAUCGAGCCCUCAAUUGAGCACUUCGGUUGUUUAGUGGAUCUUCUUGGUCGUAGUGGAUUUUUGUUUGAAGCAGAGGAACUGGCUAAGAGAAUGCCCAUAGAAGCGAACGCUGUGGUUUGGGGAGCUUUGCUUGGCGCUUGUAAACUCCUAGGGAACCUUGAUGUAGGGGAGAGAGCACUGAGGGAGCUAUUAACAUUGGAGCCAGAGAAUAGUGGGAAUUAUGUGCUUUUAUCAAAUUUGUAUGCGGAGACUAAUAGGUGGGAUGAUGUGGAGUGUGUGAGGAAGAUGAUGAAAGAUCCGAGGAUUGAGAGAAGAUCAGGCUGUAGUUCAAUUGAAUUAGGUGGUGUUCUACACGAAUUCGUUCGAGGGGACAAGUCACAUCCCUUGUCUAGGCGUAUCUAUGAAACUUUAGACAGGCUUGCUUUGCAGCUAGACAGUUGCACCUCCAUGGAUGGCUGCCUUUAACAGUGAAAACUUCCGUUAGCACUGUUGUUUGUGAAGCCAUUGCUUCCAAAGCCUGAGCUUGGAAAAUCUGGGUUGACCUUAAAAGCUGUGCAAUGGGUCAUUAAUCUGGCCGCCAAGAUAUCAUGAGGAGUUUCAAACGUUCGUC